AUGUCAUUGACUUACAAUUUUAAGUCCAUCACGGUUGUACCAACCUAUAAGGACUUUAUGGAUAUUGUGUUAUCCAAGACACAGCGUAAAACCCCGACAGUGGUGCACAAAGGUUACCACAUUUCGAGAAUUCGGCAAUUCUACAUGAGAAAAGUGAAAUUCACACAAAAAACUAUUAAUGAAAAGCUUACCUAUAUUUUACAGGAGUUUCCGCGCAUGGAUGACAUACAUCCCUUCUAUGGUGAUCUUAUGCAUAUUUUAUACGACAGAGACCACUACAAGGUUGCUCUUGGUCAAGUUGGAGCUGUACGCCACAUGGUGGAUAACAUAGGGCGAGACUACGUUCGUUUACUUAAGUACGGAGAUUCUCUUUACCGCUGCAAGCAACUUAAACGGGCGGCUUUAGGAAGAAUGGCUACAGCAUGCAAAAAACUAAACAGUGCGUUGAUCUAUCUAGAGAAGGUUCGCCAGCAUAUGUCUCGCUUACCCUCAAUAGAUCCAAAUGCACGAACUCUUUUGAUUACAGGGUUCCCGAACGUUGGCAAGUCUAGCUUUAUGAAUAAAGUAACACGUGCUAAUGUAGAAGUUCAGCCGUACGCAUUCACUACGAAGUCGCUUUUUGUUGGCCACACCGAUUAUAAUUAUACAACUUGGCAAGUUAUUGACACUCCUGGCAUUUUGGACCACUCCUUGGAGGAGCGGAACGUUAUUGAAAUGCAAGCUAUUACUGCUCUUGCUCAUCUUCGAGCUUGUAUUCUUUUCUUUAUGGAUUUGAGCGGGCAAUGCGGAUACUCUAUCUCGCAACAAGUUUCUCUUUUCCGCUCAAUUGGCCCACUUUUCGUAGGGAAACCAGUUGUAGUGGUCUUCAACAAGUCUGAUGUCUGCACAAUUGAUGAAGUUGAGGCCCAGGAUCAGGAACUGAUCAUGUCUGCUAUUGAAGAAUGCAAUGCAAAAUGGAUAACAACUAGCACUCUGACUGAUGUUGGAGUUGGAGACUUAAAGACGGUGGCGUGCGAUACUCUGCUCGCUCAUCGCUCAGAGCAGAAGGAAGGGUCCGGUCGCUAUCAGGCCAUUCAAAAUCGUCUUUAUUGUGCAGUUCCUGUACCUCGCGAUAAUGUCGAGCGUGGUGAAUACAUCCCAGAAAGCGUUCGGGAGGAGCUUGCCUCUGAUGCCCCACCACGCGUCCGCCGAAAGACCGAGCGGGAUUACGAGUGGGAGAAUGGUGGUCCUGGUUGCUACCAGGCAAACGAACGUAAAACAUGGGAUCUUGAAGAUCCUGAGUGGGUGGAUGAUAUCAUCCCGGACAUCAUGGAUGGAAAGAAUAUUUAUGAUAACAUUGAUCCUGACAUCCACGAGCGUCUACUCGAGCUGGAAGCGGAAGAAGAAGCGCGCCUAGAGCAACUGGAGCUAGAAGAAUCUGGUAAAAAGACACAGUACGAGCUCGAUGACGACACACUCGAGGCGGUAAAAUUUAUCAAAGAUAAGGUUAAGGUUCUUAAGAUGGAGCGUGCAAUGAAGAACCCGAGCGUUCGCUGCACCAGACAGCAAUCUGUUGCCAUCAAACGGUUCAAUAGUCGUACAGGAAGCCAAGAUGCGCGUGAGGUGAACUCCGAGGGGGCGAGUGCCAUACCCUCUAGAAAACGUGGUCGCUCAAUGUCAGUUGCCCAGGAAGCUUUAAUACGCGAUCGUUCGGGCUCCAUGCACGUAACGACCAAGACCACGCGCAGCCUCAGUGGACGCCCAGGUCGAUCAGACAGGAGCAUCAGCACCUCACGCGGGGAGGGAUUUAAGGAUGUGAACGAAAAGCUACGUGCGGUGAAGAUUAGCCAAGUGAAGGCACGCCCGCUUGCAAGGCAGGCACGCAAAGGUGAGGCCGAUCAUCAUAUUCCUAACUUACGCCCUAAGCAUCUUUUCACCGGAAAGGUUAAAAGUAACGGCGCUCGCGAUCGUCGCUAA